CGGAAACCCUAAUGUCGAUGCCGCGCCAGACAUCAGAGGCCGAUCUGUCCUUCGCGCGGCGCCUGCUGCCCAACCGCCACCACUCCCCGCCGCAACUCCGGGAGGAUGCCGUCCUCCUCCCGGACCGGGAGGUUCUCGUCCUGUCCGCCGACCCUGCCGUGGGGAACGCCAUGUGCGUCUUCCAGGGUGGGGCGUCCUCCCCGGCGCGCGCGCUCGGGAGGCUGCCGGGGCCCGGGCGCCACGCCUACCUCUGCCCCCUGCCCGGCUCAGAGCAGCCGCUCCAACCACCACCCCUGCUGCUUUCAUCUUCCUCUUACUCCUCCUCGGCUGCUCCCCCUGCGACUGCCCCCGCCCCUGCCCCUGCCGUCGAUUUCCGCAAGUUGCCCAAUUGGAACGACAGUCUCGUCUUUGAUUCCGCCCCUCUCCCAGGAGGCGAUCUUCUCCUCUUCGCCAAGGGCACGAACCACCACAAAGGGGUCAUCAACACUGCCACUUCCAACAUCACGUGCAUCUACAACAGAGACUCCGAUGGCACGGUGGCCUCCUCCCCCGCCACCACUUCAGCCCAGCAGGUGAUCAGGUGCCCCCCUCCACCGGCUCCUUUCAAUUCCAGCAACCUCCAUGUCACAGUAGCCCUCAACGGCCAGGAGCCUUUACCCUCACUUGCUACCUACCAUCCACAAAACACUGCCUUGCCUGUGACACGUGAAAGGAAAACGAUUUGUGCCUGCACCAUGGUUCGAAAUGUCGCCAAGUUUCUGCCUGAAUGGGUGAGGUACCAUGCUGCAGUGGGUGUUGAGAAGUUCUUCCUAUACGACAAUGCAAGCGAGGAUGACCUAGCAGGCCAGGUCUCGAGUUUGAGCUCUGCUGGCAUUGAUAUCUCCACCGUGGCCUGGCCCUGGACGAAAACGCAGGAAGCAGGGCUUUCUCACUGCGCAGCCUCGAAUCAACCUUCCUGCGAAUGGAUGUCAUUCAUGGACGUAGAUGAAUUCAUCUUUUCACCAAACUGGGAUAAGGUUGAGAAGCCUUCCAAAUCGUUACUUGAAUCGGUUGUCUCGGUUGAUCCGGAGGUUGGCCAAAUAUUCCUCCCCUGCUACGAUUUUGGUCCCUCUGGCCAAACAGCACAUCCGCUUGAAGGGGUGUGCCAAGGCUACACCUGCCGGCUGAUGAGAGCUGAGCGUCACAAAUCAUUGGUCCGCCUUGACGCGGUGGCAGAUUCGCUUGCAAAUUCUGUACACCAUUUUACACUAAAGCCUGGUUUCCAAAAAGUGUGGACCACUUUGGUUCGCAUAAACCACUACAAAUAUCAAGCUUGGACAGAAUUCAAAUCGAAGUUCAAACGACGCGUUUCAGCGUACGUGGCAGAUUGGACAGAUCCCGUUAACUUGCAAUCCCAUGACCGGGCCCCCGGGCUGGGAGUUGAUCCUGUUGAACCAGUUGGCUGGGCGGAGAGCUUUUGCGAGCUUAAGGAUUAUACUAUGAAAAAACUAAGUGAGAAGUGGUUCGGAAUUGGGUCUGGAGGCCGUGGAGCAACAACAGAGUUCAACUCUAACGGUGACAUUGCUCCCUCCCCCUCUCUUACAUAGCUUAUUUAGUAAUAUAAAAUAACUAAAGCUAGUAUAAAAAACAGUCAACUUGCCAAAAAAAUAAAAAAUAUAGCCCUUAACUUGAUUAGUAUACACAUUUUUACAAAGAAUCAAGGCAUGCCAUUUUUACUGUUUAUAACUGCAUGUUACAAAUGUCAUUACUAACAUCAGUAUGUUCUCCUUGCAGUUUUCUCAGCCAUUCACUGUCAGACAGUAAUCUGCACUAGUUUUCUUCAAAUUGAGCUAGUUUAGGAUUUCUGGCCAAUGAUGAUAUAUUCUGGUUCAGCUGUUGCAAAUUGACCACUGCAGCAGUAUGCACUGAUGCACCAUAUUUACCUUUUGGUUUUAUUGUUUUUUGCCACCUGAUGCUCCUUUUGCUGAAAGUGUAAAAUCCACAAGGCAGACACAUCAGGAAUUUGUUUCUCUUUCGACUUUACUUGGUUCAAAUGAU